AUGUCUUCCACACGCAGUUCCUACUGUGUAAGUAACACGUGUUGUCUUCUCUUCUCAGACAGUGGGCACGGCUCAAUACCUGCGGCAGCCCCUCAGAGGCGGAGGCUGACACGGAGACCAGGCUACCUGAGAAGCACUGCCGGUCCUGGGAUCGGGUUCCUCGCUCCAGCAGGGCUGACAGGCCGGGAGUCCCACCACUCGCAGUCCAAGGCUGGAGAGAGUAGCUUGGACCCCACCCCCCACUGCCAAGGCUCAGUGGUGGGCAGCUCUUUUCUCAAGCGCUCUCUGGCCCCCGCUGUAGCCUCUGUGGGACACCUGCACCCAGCCCGGGCAGCCCGGGCCUCUAUGAAAGGAACGCCAGUGCACUUUGCGGUUCAUUCCAGAAACGACAACAGACUACCUGAGAGCCUGACCAGACCUUGUAGGCCUGGGGACAGUGGUUCUUGGCAAGAUUCUUUAUCUUCAGACAGCUCUAAGUCCCUGGCUCCUAGCCUUGAUGUAGCCUGGAGCAAGGGAUUGGGGGUCCUGAAGACUGCUAAACCUCCGGCAUCACGGGAGGUGAUUGGCCUCACUGACAUCCCAGCCCUUCCGGGUUCCCAGGACACCUUUAUUUCCAGCUUCAGCUUCAUCCGCCUCUCCCUCGGGGCCACUGGAGAGCGUGGAGAGGCAGAAGGUUGCCUACCGCCCAGAGAGGUCGAAUCCCUACAUCAGAGCCCCCAGCAGAUGGCAGCUGACGCAUCCUGCGCGGACGGUCCCCACGAGGACCCUCGCCAUCUCUGGACCUUCAGUCGGCAAGCUGCUCCAGGCUUGGUGGACUCCGCUCAGGUGGCAGGGAGCAGCAGCAAGCCAGGAUGUGACGUGGUCUCCUCCUCCUCCGACACUGGCUUCUCUCCCCAGGAUCCGUCCUCAGCUGGUGGUGGGCGGGGCGACCAGGGUGUUGCCUGGGAUACCCCUGGAUGGCAGGCUUUGCUCAAGGAAUGGGAGCCCAUGCUGCAGGAGUGCCUACAGAGCAACCGCAGGCAGCUGGAGGUCACUUCCUUAAGUUUAAAGCUUCAGAGACUUCUAGAAAAAGCGAUCGAGUGUGGAGACUACAAUAAAGCAGAGACACUGAGACAGAGAUUGGAAGACCUGGAGCAGGAGAAAGGCCACCUGCCCUGGGCCCUGCCGUCACAGCAACCUGCUCUUCGCAGCUUCUUGGGCUACCUGGCAGCGCAGACCCGGGUGGCCUUGCGUGGAGCCACCCAAAGCGCUGGCAGUGAUGACCCAGAGGCCCCACAUGAAGGAGAGCCGAGGACCACCGUCCAGGACAGCCUGCCUGCAUCUAUCACCAGGCGAGACUGGCUUAUUCGAGAGAGAGAGCAAUUGCAGAAGGAAAUUGAAGCUCUCCAAGCAAGGGUGUCCACGCUGGAGGCAACAGAGCAACAGUUGAGCCGAGAGCUGGAGGAGCAGGAGGCACUGCUCCAGUGGCAGGGCCGAGACCUGGCGCCACUGGUGGCGCAGCUGUCCCAGGGCCAGCUGCAGGAAGUCAGCAAGGCCUUGGGAGAGAGCCUGACCACUGCCAGCCAGGCCCCUCCCUUCCACCUGCAGCCACCUGAAGCCCUCAGGAGCCUCCAGGAAAGGACAAAAUCACUGAACCUGGCUGUUAGAGAAAUCACUGCUCAGCUGUGCUCAGGUGAGAGACUGUGCAGCUCUCUGAGGAGGAGACUCGCUGACCUCGACGCCAGGCUGCCUGCCUUGUUGGAGGCCAAGAUGCUGGCCGUAUCAGGAAGCCACUUCUGUACAGCCAAGGAGCUCACAGAGGAGAUGUGGGCCCUGUUGUCGGAGCGGGAAGGGCUCGAGUCACUCCUGGGCAGGCUGAUGGCACUCAACUCCAGGAGUGUCAGACGGCUGGGCAGUGUCAAAGAGGACUACAUCAGGUGCAAGCAGGACCUGGCCCUCCAGGAAGCCACCCACAAAGCAAGCGUGAAGGCAGAUGCUGCGAAGUGCAUGGAAGCACUGGAGGGUCAGCUGAGCAGCUGCAGGUGCCCGCUGCUUGGGAGAGUGUGGAAAGCAGACAUGGAGGCUUGUCAGUUGCUGAUGCACGGCCUCAGACUCCAGGAAGCAAGCAGCGGUCCACACGCAGAAGAUGAGAAGCCGGUGGACAGCGCAGGGGAGGCUCCGUGGACAGCCGCCCUGGCUGUCCCUCCCAGACCCCAGCCUGAAGAGGAGAAGAGCCCUUUGCAGGUACUCCAGGAGUGGAUGACUCACUCAGCUCCCUCACCACACUGCGCUGCAGGCCAACAGAAAGAGGAGUCUCUCGUCGUUUCUGCUGAAGUGGGAGAAAGAUGUGAAGCCAUAGGCCUGAGGCUCCUGCACCUGGAAGACCAGCUUCGCAAGGCGAGCCACACCCACGACGAGGCGCUCUUUCAUAUCCUUUCCGUCUUUCAGAAGUUACUUUGA